AUGAAACGCGUCAAUGGCGAGGAUAUAACGUCUAUUUCACCCACUUUAGGCUUCAAUAUCAAGACAUUUAUACAUCGUGGCUAUACGUUGAAUGUUUGGGACGUCGGCGGUCAACGCACAUUGCGCCCUUAUUGGCGUAACUACUUUGAACAGAAUGACGCGGUGGUUUGGGUGGUUGAUUCAUCGGAUACGCUUAGAAUGGAUGAUUGUCGGAAUGAGCUGUUCGAUCUACUCAGCGAGGAUAGAUUGGCUGGUACUACCAUACUGAUAUUCGCAAACAAGGUUGAUAUCCACGGUGCAAUGAGUGUGGAUGAUAUACGCAGCGCUCUCCAAUUGGACAGCAUAAAGAGCCACACCUGGAGAAUACAGCCCUGCAGCGCUGUGACGGGUGAGAACUUGUUACAAGGACUCGACUGGGCUGUCGGUGAUUGCUCUAAACGCCUUUACUACUCUUCACAGCCAGAUUUCACAGAAUCGAGCGGAGAUUUAACAAAAAACACUCAAGACACUCAAGAAACACCACCAAAGCUCCUCUUCUCCAUAUCUCAACAAACCAUGCACACGCUUGCCAUGCUGCACCCUCGGUCCCCAAGCCCUGAAUUCCUUCUUGGGUUUUGGUUCGCACCACAACAAAUACUUCCUAUCCCUGGUAGACAAGCCCAUUCUCUCAAAGUCGAUGCUCCUGCGGGUAAACAGCUGCUCCCAGUUCUCUACCUUGCACUUGUCCUGUAG